CCAUUGCUGUUUGCCAUCCCUCGGCUGCCGGUAGCAGGCAGAUUGAAGUCCAAUGAUCUGUUUGCUAUUACUGUCGGACUGUGCGUCAUAUCAACUAUUGUUGCCGCCUGUAGAUACUUAUCUGCCUGUAUGACUUCUGGAGAAACAUGCCUUGGAGUAGCUUUGAAGAGGCAUCUGGUUUUCUUCAUAUGGAUGGUCAUCAUUCCUCUCUUGAUGGGUUUGCUGGUUGAUCUAUCACUGAUAUCACCCUUCGCCGGGCCUGUUGAUGAUUUCCCAGUUCUAAACUUUUUCUGCACUUUUCUCCUAGGACGGUUCUCCAAACGCAUCUGGAUCAAGUCCUUCGUCGACGAAAGGUUGAAAGCGAAACUCAACCGAGCAAAGGAAGAUUUAUGCGUGGAGCUCAGACUGAUGUGGUGGUUCUUUCAAGAUGUGUGCGUGCCCGUCGCCGUGAAGCUGGUCGCUGCCCUAGGUGUUCCUUAUGUGCUCGCCAAGGUCGUCUUCCCAAGAUUGGGCUUCUCCGCGGACGUGAACUUGACAGUCUACCGUUACGUGUGGUCGCUCCGCCUCGGCUUGUGGGCACUCUGCUGUCUUGGCAAGGUGUUGGGCGUCGAAAUGCACGAUUCUAUCAGGGACGACCGCUACAUCAUAGGGCAGAGGUUGCAAGACGUUGGAGACCAAGGCUGA